GCACAUGUUUUGCCAUCACUACUUUAUAUAUUAUCAACAACCGACUUGCAUAAAGAACAAUUGCAUUUAAAAUGGAUUAUGUUCACUCCGUCUGGAACUACUUCGCCUCCAUCUGCAACUGCUGGCAAUGCACCGAGGACACCGGUGCUCAGCCCAAUGAGCCGAACGAGAGGACACACCUUCUGGUCGAUCCGGUGAACCACAGCCCUGCGCUCAGGAGGAGCAAUUCCGAUGGCCUUAGCAACGAUUACGCCCACUCGCUACCCAAGAAGGACGACCAGAACGCCCUCUCCAGACUGGUGCAGAAUACGGCAAUAAACAUGAUAAACGUUGGAGCCAUGGAUUGCCACAGCUUGGAGCACCAGGAGUACAAGGACAGAAUAAGAGUGUACUCCCAGCGACUGCAUCAGCAGUGGAACAACGUUCAGCAUCCGAGUGUCUCCAUGAAAGGCCUUCUUAAAGAUGUGCCCAGUCACCAAUUCUAUUUGUCUAAGCCGCUUUCUGUGGAGGACACAGCUCAAAUGAAACUCUUUACCGAGAAAGCCCUCGACAGUGUUUCACAUAUUCGGAUCGACCACAAAGAGGCAGUGGUUGUACCCUUCCGGAUUCCCUGAUCAUCUAGCUUUAAGUGAAAUAAAAACAGUGAUAAAUUUAUACAAAAUCAAAAAGUAUAUUUGUACUAAGCAGCCCUUGAAUUAUCAGGUAGCCGUUAUAUUUUUCAUUCAGUGUACAGAGGAUACAAAUAAACACAAUAUAUAUUCAUAA